AUGAGUCAGGACGAUAUACUGCAAUCGACAAAGUCUGUUAUCCAAGGUCUUGAUGCACUCAAGAAUGAACAUGGAAAGUUGCUUGAAAAUAUUGUUAAUACUACGCAAAAAUUGUCACCUAUGGAAGCAAAUAAAUUAGAAGAAAAAGUUGGUUUACUUAGAAAAUCAAUGGAUAUGAUUGAAUUAGGAAUUGGUGAGGCUCACGUCAUGAUGCAAUUAGGUAAUCAUUUACAAAAUCUUGAAGCUGAAAAACAUAAAUUACGUACACAAGUUAAACGGCUAUGCCAAGAAAAUGCUUGGCUACGUGAUGAAUUAGCAUCGACACAGAAGAAACUUCAUGAAUGCGAACAAAUCAAUGCUUCUCAUUCGGUUGAAAUUGAGCAUUUGAAAUUUUUAAAAGAUGUUCGCCAAUACGAUGUUGAUAAUGACAAUUCUAAUGCACAAUCAACAUCAGGAACGAAUCUAGGCAAUUCAAAUCGAUCGAGCAAUGGGCAAGAUCUUGUUAAUGAUUUAUUUCCACCUGAUGACAAUGACAGUGGACAAGAUAUUUGUGGUGAUCAACAAGAUAUUGGUGGCGGUAAUCAACAAGAGAAUGCGAGAAGAUUUGGUUCGUAUGCUGAUCUUAUGAUGUCACCAUCUCAAUCGGCUACUGGCUCGUUUAUUUCAACAACUGGAUAUGAAAUACCAGCUAGACUGAAAACUUUACAUAAUUUAGUUAUUCAGUAUGCUUCUCAAGGUCGUUAUGAAGUUGCUGUACCGCUAUGUCGACAAGCACUAGAAGAUCUUGAAAAAACUUCAGGACAUCAACAUCCUGAUGUUGCUACUAUGCUAAAUAUACUUGCGCUUGUUUAUCGAGAUCAAUCGAAAUUCAAAGAAGCAAGUGCGUUACUUAAUGAUGCAUUAGCUAUUCGAGAAAAAACACUCGGACCCGAUCAUCCAGCCGUAGCGGCAACAUUAAACAAUCUGGCUGUUCUCUAUGGUAAACGUAAUAAAUUCAAAGAAGCGGAGCCACUUUGUAAACGUGCUCUUGAAAUACGCGAAAAAUGUUUAGGUCCAUCGCAUCCUGAUGUAGCUAAACAACUUAAUAAUUUAGCGUUACUCUGUCAAAACCAGAGUAAAUACGAUGAAGUUGAAUCCUAUUAUAAACGUGCAAUUGAAAUCUAUACAAAAAGUUUGGGCCCCGAUGAUCCGAAUGUUGCUAAAACAAAAAAUAAUCUCGCAUCCGCUUAUCUCAAACAACAAAAAUAUAAAGAAGCUGAACAAUUAUAUAAAGAGGUAUUAACACGUGCACAUGAAAAAGAAUUCGGAUUACCUCAUCAAGAUCCAUCGACAACAGCGACUGGCAGUGGUGGUGGUGGUGGUGGUGGUGGUGGUCCGUAUGAUGCACACGGAGGUUGGUAUAAAACCAUACGAGCAGAUACACCAACUGUAACAACAACAUUGAAAAAUCUCAGUCUACUUUACCGACGACAAGGACGUUACGAAGCAGCUGAUACACUAGAAAAUUGUGCAUUACGUGCGCGUAAAGAUCCACAAGCUAUUGUUCAAGCACUUAAUAUAAUUAAACAAACUAAUAAUCCAUUAUAA